AUGAACUAAAAACAAAUCACAAAUCAUAAUAAACUUGAAUUUGAUAAAAUACAAUUAGCAUUUAAUAGAAAUAGAGUUCGUUCUGUGUUUUCUGAUAUAUCCAAUUUAGAGUUUUCUUGUGUCACUAUUUAAGGAAAACAUAAUUAUAAUAUAAUAAAAGAACAAUAAAAAUCUUAAACAACUAAACGAAGAAAUGCAAUAAUUCCUUGUUAGAUAAAGAUUCCAACAUUAUUUAAUAGUUAUCCAGAAUACUAGUAAUAAAUAAAUAAGAUAAGUAAAUGUUCAUCAUUAGAGAAACCUAUAUUAUGGUAUCUUUAAACAUAUGAUUAAGAAAUAAAAUAAUAUGAAAGAGAAAUUGAAUAAAGAGUAAAUGUGUUUUUAUGUACUUUAGAAAUACGAUAGUAAUUUUGAUAUAAGUUAACAUUGUUUUACAGAAUAAUAGUUUGAAAAGGCAUUAGAUUGGAUGAUAUAUUAGAUUUAUAGAUUUGAAAGUUUUAGUUAUGAAUCAUUAUUUAAAACAAUAGAAUUGGUUCAUUUAUAUUUAAGUAAGACAAAGUAAGUGAGAUUCAAGGAUUUAGAACUAAUAUCUGGAUGUUGUAUCUACUUAUCAUCAAAAUUAGUUGAUUUAAAUCCUAUAUAUAUUGAAGAUUUAAUAAAUUAAGUAAAAUUAAAGUUAAAAUAGGUAUUGGAAUGUAGAUUUGAUAAUGAAUAAGUAUUGAGAUAAGAGAAAUAAAUUUGUUAAGUACUUAAUUACAAUUUACUCUGCACUUGUUCUUUAUAAAUAGUUUAUAGAAUUUUGUAAGAGAUAAGAUAUGAAAUGGAGUAAUUUUAUGAUGCAGGAAAAAUAGAAAGUAUAAAAAGAUAAGUAUUGGAUAAUUUAUUAUUAAUGGAAUUUGGAAAUAAAUUUAGAUAGAUUUCAUAAUGUAAUAGAGCAGUAAGUUGCAUUUUAUUAACAAUGAUUGAGAAUAAGAUUGAUAGAAGAAUUGUAAUUAUAUGAUAAUAAUUUAAUGUGUUAAGCGGUUUUGGGCAGUGUAAAUCAUAUUGAAAUGAACAUUAAUUGGAUUGAGAGAAAUGCAAUAGAAUUAAAAUAGUACAUAAAGGAAAAUAAAGAUA